ACCGGAAAGCUUUCAAAAUCAUAUUGUGGGAAAUUAACUUUCAAAAACCCCUUAAAAUUAUUGGUGGAUCGCGCUCUAAAAAAAAGUUAAAAUAAAAAUUAACAGAAUGUUCACGCAAUUUAAUACGUGUCAGUUCCUUCCCGUCUGAUGGCUAAAAAUUCACAAAAACCGUACAAAAAUAUAUUCACAAAGGUGACCCUGUUCUGUUCUUUGUGUCGAACACGGGUCAUGGUGGCAGUGCAGUAAUAAAGGUACAAUGUUAGGGGUAAUCUGCGAUGAUUGGACCCUUAGCAAGUUGAAGGUUGAAACGUCAAAGUAUUUGUAAGUUUGGGACCACCCGCGUUGUUUUGAACAAAAGUUGAGCUUUAUUACAACACAGUAGCUGUCCAAUUCCUGACAGAUAAACGGGGAUAACUUUCUUGCUGUAUUCUGACCUAAAUAGCAGAUAACAAAAUACUAGAGGUAAUUAUUUUCGCAACAAAACUAUAUCACAAGGCUUCUAUCUCGGAUGGAAUGACAGAUUUGUUUCGCAGUCGCGAUAAAUUGCUUCCUUUAAUUCCACGCCAAAAUUACUUUUGAUUAAAGCAUGCGACUUCUAGAUGAAUUUUUCUGACAGGAAGUAACGUGAAAAAUAUUCAUCCUCAAUCAUUUUCAUCCCCAGGAAACGACAACUCAAUUAGAAUAACUCUUGAGUACGACACCUGUGGGGUACAACGUAAUCCAAACUCGAGGCAUGAGAGAGUCCCCCGUUAUCAUUGAUUAGAUGUUGUCUUUUUCCCCAUCGCGGAUACGAAUGUAUGAGAUCCAGAAGGCGAGUCAUACAUGACGUGUCUCAAGCUCACUCAUUAACCAACCCACACAUUCCUACCUACUCUUUGAUCUGUGUACAGUCAAUAGGCCAGCAGCCAUCUUGAGUAGCGUCCGUCAGGGCUCGCGUUAUGUCUUCUUUUUCCGUGAAGAACAUCCUCAGCUUGCCGGAAUCGUGUCUUCAAAGCUGCUCCAACGCUUCUCCACGGGUUCCUAACAUUUGCCAAGGUGUUAAUCUCUCCCCCGAUCGUUCUACAGGAUCUAAUUGCAUAAUAACGACGAUGCCUCCAUCCGGUCCGCAAAGCCAAGACAACACUUCGGGUCCUCGACCACAUCCUGAGAUGAACGAAGACUGUGCAGGGAACGACGUGCUACAGCAAGCUCCAAAAAUCAACAGAGAUGAGUCUAGCGAUGUUCCAAAGAAAAGAAAGCGACGGGUACUCUUCACCAAACACCAAAUCUACGAACUGGAAAGACGAUUUAGAUAUCAGCGCUACUUGUCAGCCCCAGAAAGGGAACAACUGGGACGGAUGAUCAACUUGACGCCAACACAAGUCAAAAUAUGGUUCCAGAAUCAUCGAUACAAGCAAAAGAAGCAAGCAACAGAAGCAGGAGAGUUUAAAGAUUCUCACUCGCUCUAUCCCAGAACUGUGCCGGUGCCUGUUUUAAUCCGCGAAGGUCAGCCAUGUUAUUCGAGUGAUUUUGGCAACUCAGUGGGAAAUUACUACCCAAACCAAUAUCAACCAACAUAUGACUACUCAAACUCUUACGGGAAUUCUUAUUCCUACACAGCACCUAUUUCAUCCAUGAACUCGUCCUGCAUGCAAGCGUACUCAUAUUGUAAAUGGUAAAGAAAGAGCAGUAAUGUUUGAUAAACUGUGGAGGAAUUAUUUCACAAUGAAUGACUAUGCAGUCUUGUUUUGGCCGUUACAAGAUGACAAGCUAAACCAUGGCCAAGAGAGACCAUUGAAACUGUCGAUCAGUCGAGAAAACUCGACAAAUUUUUUUUUUCUCCCUCUCUAAAACCCAUUUUCUGUAGUUUUUGGAGGAGAAUCUGUAAAAUAUCUCCAAGUGCCUAACUGUAAUAUUGCCGCAAUUCUAAGAGUUGAACAUUUAAAUCGCAUCAAUUUUGUCAAUUACACUGUCCAUGAAAAUUCAAGUCUGAUACUUAUAUAGGGAUAAAACUGUGGCUCCCGUUCGGUGAAGGUGACCAAAUUUCGUUUCCUUUUGUUUGAUCGUGACAUUUUUUGUUAUUAGUAGUUAGAAAAUGACAUUUUGUUUUGCCACUGCCAUUAAUAGAUCUAUUCUUCGAGACUUUCUCUGAGUUACUUCUCAAGUCAGGGGAUGGGUUACAUUUCACAGGAUUAAGUAACAUAAGCAAUGUCUUCGAAAAAAGACCCGCAAAUGUAUACACAGUCUUUCCUUCGAAAUGCUAUCAGACAAUAAAAAGAUAAUGGAGCAGAUUUUUCCAAUGAAGAGACAACCUGCUCAGUUAAAUGAAGAGUAUCAAAGGGCGUGUUUGCUUCAUCGACCUUCAUUUGAAAACAGACAUCUCAUUUAUGUUUUGUAUUCUGGUAGACAAAGUUCCUUAGUGGUUAUUUCUUCUUCUGAAAAAUGCAAUGAGAUGUUUUUACGAUUUCAAAUAAGUAAUAUUAUAGAAGAAGUUUAAAAAUAGGAAAAUAUAGAAUUUUAUGACCAUAUCGUUAUAGAUUAAUUCAUUGAUGAGAUGCGAGUCCUUUAGAAGGAAGACUUUGUGGUCGGUAAACUAAUGUAAUACCUGUGAUUCUACCGAUGUAUUCAUUCUAUUUAUCUUCUAUGCUUUCGUUAAAAAAUUCGUAAAUAAUUUGAUGAUCUGUUCAUCACCUCCUUUAGUUUAGGAGCACAAGGAUGCAAGACAGUUUUAAUGGCCAAAUGUUUUCCACUCGUGGUCUUUGGUUGCAAACUUUUAUUAACAAUCCACGGUUUGGAAAUUAGCUACCAGUACACAGAUUCAUCAUCUUAAAGUUGCUACAGAAUUCUUAAUUUAUUUCAUUCUAAAUGUUUUUAUGUGGUGCGUAAAUCUAGAAGGACACUUCGUCGAACGAGUAGAAUUUAAACUUACCAUCAAGUUUAUGAAUGUGCAAUUAGAAAAAAUCCAUUGUAGUUUGGUUGAUGUAGCUCAGCUUCUCUGUUCAUAUAUAUCAUCUGAUGUACAUAUAUUUACAUCCAUGUUAGUAUGUUACUUUAGAUUCGGAUGAGAGCUCCACAAUAAAACUUCAUUCGUAAGAGAGUA